ACUUUCAGUCCAGGCUUUGCGACUCCCCGAACCGCUUCGAACUUAAUCACAUGAUUUACAUCUGUCACCUGGUCUGAGUGAAGGAAAACUCGCCUCAAAAAUAGGUAAGCAUCGAAGCGCAGUUUGAUUCUCCAAGGUCGAGCGACAUGGGUCACACUGGAUACACGUGCAUUAGGCACGUAUUCUGCUCGCUCAACGUACUCAUCUGGUUGUGCGCCUGUGGAGUGCUGGGGGCUGAUCUGUGGCUUACUUUGUCGUACCGUGGGUACAUUACACUUGUACCCCAGUACAGUUUUAUAUCGGCCGAGUCUAUUCUACUUGCUGCAGGAUGCGUCAUGUUUGUCAUUGCGUUUCUCGGGUGCUGUGGGGCAUGGUUCCAGCUGAGGUUCAUGCUGAUAUUGUACUUUAGUCUGGUGGUGAUGAUGUUCCUGGGUGAAUUCAUGUUUGGAGCCCUGGCGUUCAUAUUCCGAGAGCAAGUGUCGAGGAGUCUGAAGCAUGAGCUUUUGUCUGGAAUUCAGGAGCACUACAAUAUCACGAGGGAGCCAGGGACGUUGGCAACUAUUUGGGAUGACAUUCAGCAGAGAUUCCAUUGCUGCGGAGUCCGCGACUACACCGACUGGUUCCAAAUAUCCGCCUGGCCGAAUGACGACAGAGUGCCAGACUCCUGCUGCAUAACGCGCGAGAGAUACUGCGGUAGACCAGACCCCGACGGUCACAAAAAAGAAUUGUGGUACAAAGACGGUUGCGCCUCAGCAAUUCAAAUGGGAUUUGUCACGAGGCUCCACAUUGUCGGGACAAUCGGCCUAGUUGUCGCCUUCCUCCAGCUCUUCGGGCUCAUCGCCAGCAUGAUCCUCUUCUGCACAGUCAGGCACAAGAAGGCUUCCCACUCCUACAAGAGCUACGACACUGCCAACACCUAGGAACGCGCGUGGAUCCCGGCAUACGGGAUCCACGAGACCGCGAUCACUGAAGAAACUGCUGCAUGAGGACUCUCGCAUGCUAUUUAGAAUUCUCAUGGACAAUUUCUUCGAAAAAAAAAACAAAAUACUCUUGAGGAACUCUCGUCAUUUUAUUGCGAAGGUUUGAGGUUUCGAGGGUGAGAGGGGGACUACAUGAUUCAUUUUCUCUCUGAGCGUAGAAAACUGUCAUGAUUUUUUUCGAAGAUUCUGGUAGAGUGAUACGAUGCAUUUUGCGUGAGGAUCGAAUGAUCAAUGAGCUUUAAAUGCUUGGGCUCACCGAGCACAUCCAAAGUUGCGUAUUAGGGGUUUAUUAUCGAUUAAUCGUUAGGAGUAAGAGUAAUUUAAUUGUUGUAUUAUUGUUUACACACACGGAGAGAAAUUUUCUAGAAAAAUUCUAGUACGAGCACUGGAAAAAAUCACAAUC